AUGGCUCCUACACUUCAACAUGCACUUUCUCAUCUACUCACUCUCGUAGUUUCACUAUCAAUACUCCUAGUGGUACCCUCCUCUUGUUUCAACCCCAAAAAGAUUGUGAAUGCUUCCUAUGCUUCAUGCUCAUAUGGUUCAGAUUGGUCACCUGCUAUAGCCACUUGGUAUGGACUUGCCAAAGGGGACAGUAGUGAAGGUGGUGCUUGUGGUUAUGGCAGUGCUGUUGGGGAACCUCCUUUCUCAUUAUUGAUAUCGGCGGGAAGCCCUCUUUUGUUUGAAUCAGGCAAAGGUGGUGGUUCUUGUUAUGAGGUUAAACCUUCUGAAACUUUAUAUACAGAGGAGUUGAACUUGACAAAAAUAGCAGAGGAAAAUAUUAGGAAAGAAAAGGAAGAACUUGAGAAUAUGAAGAGCUUCAGAGACAAGGUUAAGGAACAACUCUUCCUUGCUCUUGAUCAAAAUGAAUGA